AUGGAAGCAGUUCAACAAAAUGAAAUGACUCUAUGUAAAGCUAGUGCUAGUUUUAGUAUCCCUAAAGGUACUCUAUCAAAUAAAUUAAAUAAAAAGGUUCCAUUGGAAAGAAAAAUGGGUCCUAAGACAUAUUUGUCAGAAGAAGAAGAAAUUAGAAUUAAGAAUUGGAUUCUAGCCAAGGCAGCAGUUGGUUUUCCAGUCAGACCAGAUGAUAUUAGAGACUCUGUACAAAAUGUAUUGAAACAGUUUACCCGUGAUACACCUUUCAUUAAUUGUAGGCCUGGUAUUAAAUGGUUAAAUUUAUUUUUAAAUCGCCACAAAGAAAUUGGGAAAAGAAAUGCUGAAGUUGUAUCAAAAGCAAGGGCUUUGGUAACAAAAGACCAAAUUAAAAACUGGUUUGAUGGUGUGAAAAAUUUUUUAAUAAAUGAAAACUGUGUGGAUAUAUUAGAUGAUGGUAGACGCAUUCUAAACUGUGAUGAAACUGGAAUGAAUACUUGCCCUAAAACAGGCAAAGUAUUAUGCCUAAAGCAAUUGCCAAACUUUUAUGAGGUUGCAAAUGGUCCAGAAAAAGAAUGUACAACUGUUUUAUGUUCUUUUUCAGCUGAUGUGACAUUUUUGAGAAAAUUGUACAACCUUAAGUGUUCAUUAACUGGUGUCAUCACCUAUAUAGUACUUCGACAGUCGUCCAUAGACAUUGAAGUACGAAUAUAA